AAUGUUAUUAUAGACAGAAUUAAAGAAGAAUUGGAACAUGAUGAUAAUGGACAAGAUGUAGGGAUAAAUGAAUCCGAUUAUUCGCCAGUUGAUAUUCAAGCAACAGAUGGGAAACUACUGGUAAAACAAGAACCUCUAGAUGUACAUCAGACUGAUGAUAGAGACUGUAGUAUACCGAUAUAUGAUCCACGGCAGUUUAAACCAGAGUCACCGGAUAGAGUAGUAGACGGUAUUGCAAAAGAACUUCGAGUAUGCAUUAUUGGAAUGACAGGGGUUGGCAAGAGCGCAUUAAGAAAUGCGCUGUUACAACAAGAUACCUUUAAAUCACUACAACAGACUACUUCAGUAACUUCAGAAUGUGUUUCAUUACAACGACAUCUUCAAUUAGAUGAUGUAGAUACCAUACUAAAAGUAGUGGAUACACCAGGUUUGUUUGACACGGGUAGAGUAGCUGAGAAAAUAGUUAAAUGUAUUAAUCUUUUAUCGCCAGGGCCACAUUUAUUUAUAUUUGUUUUAAGAAUUGACUACAGACUCUCAGAAGAAGAUAUAAAAGUUCUUGAAUAUUUUAAAAAUAGUUUCGGUGAAUUAAUUGAUAAAUUUACCGUUGUGGUGUUUACUGGGAAAGAUCAACUGGUUGAUCAAAGUGAAGAGGAUGCUAUACGUGAAUUGCAUACUCAGCUGUCAACAUUUAGUGAUGUUUUUAAACACCGUCGAUUCGCAACGAUCAAUAACAAAGAUAAAACAGAAGGCAAGACGAAGGAUGUUGAGAGAAUCUUAAAAUUACUUCAGACAACUAUACAGAAUAAUGGUGGAAACUUCUAUAAAAACGAAAUACUCGAAGAGGCGAAGAAAUUAUUUGAAGCGAGAAUCCGGGACGAAAAUGAAAUUAAAGAAAAGGCAUUGGCUGAGUUAGAUACACUUAAGAUAGAACGAAACAAAAUGGAAGAGGAACAAAAACGUUGGGAGCUGCAACUAAAACGAAGAGAGGAUAUGAUGCAGAGGUUGAGUUUACCAUGUGGAAAGACUUCCACGGAACAAGCCACCGUGUCAGCAUAUCAACACGUCGAAUACCAAGAGAGCUUACCCGAUGCUAAGAGGAGAGGGGUUAUAUCUAGAGGAGAGAAAGGGAAGAUGUUACCUGAAGAUGACAGUAGGAUAUUAUCUAACUAUGUGUAUUUAACCGAGAAUCUGGAUCCUCUAGAACCUCUAUUAGAUAGUUUGUAUGAAAAACAAGUACUAAAUGAGAAUGACUUGGAAAUAAUCAGAAGAGUAGAAUCUAGCGGUACAAAAGCAAUGAUACGUCAAUUGUUAGAUGUUCUUCGAACUUGUGGUAUAAAUGCAUAUCCUAAAUUCAUUGAUUGUUUAACUAAAUCAGGAUAUAGAGCAGUAGUCGAACAAUUAACAUCGGAUAUUGAUGGAAUCGUUGAAAUGGAACGAAAACAAUUACAGAUUGAGAAAAAAUAUUUCCAUUUACAGAAAAGACUUCAGCAAAUAAAGCAGGAGAGUGAACGGGCCCUUCACAUAUCUGCCAAAGAGAACCGAAGGAUAAAAACGACGUUGAACUCAUGGAGGAUAGCUUUAAAAACAAAAACCAAUAUCUUGGUUCGAUUUAAGUCCGAAAUGAGAACGAAAACAAAGCUACUUGACCGACUAAAAGAGGAAAGGGACACAAGAAAUGAAGAUCUACAAAUGACCAAAGUGAGAAACAGUAUUUUGUGCGAUGAACUGGACCGUAUUUAUGAACAAAAUGUUAUUAUAGACAGAAUUAAAGAAGAAUUGGAACAUGAUGAUAAUGGACAAGAUGUAGGGAUAAAUGAAUCCGAUUAUUCGCCAGUUGAUAUUCAAGCAACAGAUGGGAAACUACUGGUAAAACAAGAACCUCUAGAUGUACAUCAGACUGAUGAUAGAGACUGUAGUAUACCGAUAUAUGAUCCACGGCAGUUUAAACCAGAGUCGCCGGAUAGAGUAGUAGACGGUAUUGCAAAAGCGAGAAUCCGGGACGAAAAUGAAAUUAAAGAAAAGGCAUUGGCUGAGUUAGAUACACUUAAGAUAGAACGAAACAAAAUGGCAGAGCAAAUUAGACAUUUCAAACAACGGGAAGAGGAACAACAACAACGGGAAGAGGAACAAAAACGUCGGAAGCUGCAACUAAAACGAAGAGAGGAUAUGAUGCAGAGGUUGAGUUUACCAUGUGGAAAGACUUCCACGGAAGAAGCCACCGUGUCAGCAUAUCAACACGUCGAAUACCAAGAGAGCUUACCCGAUGCUAAGAGGAGAGGGGUUAUAUCUAGAGGAGAGAAAGGGAAGAUGUUACCUGAAGAUGACAGUAGGAUAUUAUCUAACUAUGUGUAUUUAACCGAGAAUCUGGAUCCUCUAGAACCUCUAUUAGAUAGUUUGUAUGACAUAUCUGUACUAAAUGAAGAUGACUUGGACAAAAUCAGAAGAGCAGAAUCUAGCGGUUCAAAAGCAAUGAUACGUCAAUUUUUAGAUGUUCUUCGAACUUGUGGUAUAAAUGCAUAUCCCAAAUUCAUUGAAUGUUUAAUUAAAUCAGGAUAUGGAGCAGUAGCUGAACAGGUAGACUCGAGCGAAAUGUCCUCACGAACAAAUUACUCACCCGAUGCUUGUGAUAACAAUGAUACUGCCUAUAAUUCACUAUUCACAGACACUGAAGAGCCAAGUACAAUACCACGAACUGAUGAUAGCUCACAUAUAAAUAUAGUAUUGACUGGCAGGACUGGGGAUGGCAAAGGCUAUACUGGCAAUUACCUGAUAGGAAAACCAGUAGCUGAACAGUUAGAUUCGGAUGAUCCAGCAAGUGAAAGCAAUGUAUACAUCAAGGACAGUGGUAUUCGCCAAACAGAAGUCAACACUGGAGAAACGAUGGUAACUGAUAUACAAGUGGAAGAUAAACCUAAAGAUGAUGAUGAUCCAGCAAGUGAAAGUAAUGAAUACAUCAAGCCCAGCAGUACUAGCCAACCAGAAACAGACACUGGUAAAAAGUUGGUAACUGAUAUACAAGUGGAAGCUAAACGCAAAGAAGGUGAAAUGGUAAAAGAUAAAUAGAACGUGCUUCUCGAUGCUGAUAGGGCACAUUCAGACGCAGAGAUGGUGAUAGUAACGAUUAUAGUGAAGCAGUCAAGCGCCAGGAUGUUCGCGACUACUUUGUUUUAUUUAUAUUUACUGAUACUAUCAUAUUUGAUUAUUUGUUAGCGUAGGACAUUGCCUUCAUUUAUAUAGAUAUUAAACAUGUAUUAUAUGUCUUAUCAUAGAAGUCUAUAGUUUUAUGUUCUCUCGUAAUCAUUUCGUUAAAUACCUUAAUUGUCCAUACCUUUCUAACCAGGGUAAUUAUUUUUAGAUUAGGGGUAAAAGAUAAAUCCUACUUGUUAAAAUGAUUUAUAUAAUUAGUAAAUAAUUAUUGUCAUCGAAUGAUUGAUGUUUUGUCAUAUAUAUAGUGUAACCAAUAUAUACAUUAUACUGUUAUAAUCAAUAUGAUACUGUUUAUUAGUCGUGUUUAUGUUCUUAUGAUUUGAUUUUUAAAUGCAAUAUUUGUGAACCGCCAGUAGGAAUAAAUGUCUCUUAUACAUACAUUAUGCUGGCGGGAAUUUGCACGGUAGGCUAGCCAUUGGUACUGCGGUUUAAGGUCAGUGAUUCACUCGCUGAUAUCGACAAGCUACGUUCCGAUGGCAUAGAACAUCCCCUCGUGAAAUAGGUCCUUGUCCCUUUUGUUUCAGACAAGUUGCAGAUUCAAGACAAAAUUGCAGAAUCAUGAAUAAAUACGGCGAAAGCUCUUUGCCCGAAAAAGUAAAGACGAACUGGCAGAUUCAAGAACCAGUAUGGCGAAUGCUAUUCGCCCAAAAAAGUAAAGACACUUUUAGAGUAUUGAUAUAUAUAUAUUUUGAAAGUUUUUGUUACAUAAAGGUUUGAAAACUGAA